AUGUGCACAGAAGACCCCAAACUAUUACAUAUAGCAAAUAUGAGCGUCAAGAAUGAUUUGAAGAAGCAGGAAACGAUGGAAGACGGGAAAGGGCGAGGUGAAGGUUUAGCACCGAAGACGAGCAGCAUGGCUGUGCUGUGCCACGAACACGGCACAAUUACCACAAAACGUUACAAGGAAGAGGAGGCAAAAAAAGACAUUUUCACAAGCACCAAAUCACUUUUUGACUAA